GCUCGAGCACGCGCGUGACGUCACCACAUAACGUGACUUUGUUAUUGCCUGAACGUAUCGUCCCCCGAAUCAUCUUUGUGUGAAACAUCUUCCCCUUGAAAACAUCUUCCCGUUUAACACACAACGUUGUUCAUCUUUCAUCAUCGUUACCCCUCGGCAAUCGGUGAUAUUAGUGGUCGACUAUUAUCGCAGUUCGUUACGGUAUCGUACGAACAUUGACGUGUUGUCUUGCCGAGGCCUCACCCAGACCCUCGCUCUUGCCUAGUCUCGCUGCCGUGGUAGGCCGCCCCCGAGGCCGAUCUCCGCGAUUACACUUUAACAUUAUUUGUCGAUAGGUUCUGAAACCACAACAACAUUGCGAUGCAUCCUGUAGAGGACACUGCGUCGACUGAGCAAAAAACUUCAUUCGAAAAGAAGCCGUGGAACAUUAUGAUCAAACAUCGGCAGAUCGCACGGAGGGGUCGGCGCUCUCAAAUUGGGCUCAGCUUCACUGAGCCGGCCACCUCCAUGGAACUGCUGCGCAUUGUGCUGCAGCCGUACAUUAACAACGACAUCCGUGCUGUGCUCAACAAAUACUCUCACUUUGUGCAGAAAGCAGCGCAAAAUGUGCGUGACAACGUGGGAGAGGGGGUGGAUGCGGCUCACCUGGUGAGAGAUACAAUACGCAACUGCCUCGAGCAGGCCAAGAUGAUGUACCAGGAGCCAGGCAAAGUCAGUGUUAAACACCAGCAGCAUCAUCAAGAAUCUACUGCAGCCAAGAGGCCAAAGCUGAGCAAUGAUGUCCAGGAGUCUGUGAAGUCAGAAUCAGCACCCAGGAAGAGAAAGGGGCGUCCUCCAAGCCACUUCACAUCGUAUGAGCGCAAGGCACCCAGCACCUCUGUCUCAAAAAUCAAACCGAAUGAGCCCGUGCGCAAGGAAGGCCCCAAGUGGGACUCUUCUCGCCUGGUGGAAUCGACCACAUUUGUCCUGGGAUCUCGAGCUAACAAAGCUCUAGGUAUGGGUGGAACGAGAGGCCGUAUUUACAUAAAACAUCCAGGUGUGUUUAAGUAUGCAGCGGACACGCAAGACAAGCACUGGCUGGCAGAGAGACAUCACAUGCCAGCUACAGGGGGAAAAAUGGCCUAUCUGCUUCUGGAACAAGAUAUCCGUGAGUUGGUCGAGAGUGAUGAGUACAGGAACUGCCCGGAGCUACUUCCGGACGAGAUUAAACCAUUCUCUGUGCCAGUUUGGAUGCUGGACAAGAUGGGGCGCUGCAUGGAGGCUGCGCGCACUGACCGAGACUAGAUGGAGUGCAGGGCACGGGACCGAGCAAAUGAGACAAAGUGCAGGCACACAAUGGCCAAGGGAACCACUGCAGAGAUGAGACAGUUCAAAGAUGAGGUGGUCACGAGAUAGAAAGGCGAGAUAUGAAAAUAUUCACUCUCCUCCAUGCAGUGAUGCAAUUGUCGAUAAUCAGUUCACGAUGCACAUCAAGAAUCUAUUCUUUUUCUGCAGGAUUGUAUUGUCUCGUUUGUAUUGUUUCCACAUUUCUCCCUCUUGUAUUGUUUCCCAUACACAGGGUUGCCACCUUUUCUGCAGACCAAACCCAGACACAUUCUCAGCCAGUCUAGGCCUAUCAAAACUGUGCAGUUCACAGGAAUAAAGUUCAAUACGACACGGGUUCGAAAUGUCAUGCAAUCAAUUCCUGCCACCAGAACACAGAUGCCAUUUCCCAGACUGUCUGAGCUGAACCCGAGCAGGGGCAAAUCUAUCUAUACAGCUCUACACUGAAACUUGAAUUCUCAGAAACGUAUAUAUAUACACCAUUCUAUAGCAUAAUCAUUUGCACUUAUUACGAACCUUCACAAUGUCUCAAGGCGCCAUAUAGAGCUAACUAACACAAAACAAAGUAACACUGGUAAACGAAGACACGUUAGUACACGAGCAUUGAUUUACAAUCGGUGUGCUAUGGUUUCACGCUGUUUUUGGAAUUAAAGAAAGGGAAAGAACCUCAAGCCCCCACUCCUACACUCCCGCCUCCCCCAUUAGUAGUGGCAGAGUGCAACAGACAGCUGUCAUCCUCCACCCCCAGACCUCUCAACCUCUCAUUCCCUUUGGUUGUGCAUGCGCAAUUGUGCAGACACGGAGACGCACACAGACGUGGAGACAAAUACGUGGAGUCGCACGCAAAGAUAUAGACACAUGCGUGAAUACUCACCCACGAGACAUACGGAAGCACGUAUACACGGAAAUGGACAGUGAUGCAGAGACAAACGAGACAGGCAUGAAGACACAGACAUGCAGAGACACGGAGAUGCACAAAGACUUGAAUACACCCACACACAGACAUAAAUAUACCCACACACAGACACAAAGACAGCAAGACGCAGAGAGAGACACUUUCAUACAUCGACACACCGAUACAAAUAUACUUGCAGACACGGAGACACAAAUGCAGAGCAUGGAGACUCAUAGAUACGAAAACAGAUGAAUACACUCACCAAGACAUGGAGAUACAAAGAGACGGACAGGAAUAUACUCAGACACGGAGACGCGCAGUUGCGCACAUUUCUGUCAAAGAUUUCUGAUGAGAUUAAAAGCCAGGGAUUCUGAAUUCUCUCUCCGCUACAGCGCUUUCCCACCCAUGCACUCGGGCCCACAGUGACUUGUUUGGUUCGGUGUGUUGUGAAGAUUGAGCAAGCUCGAACGUGAGUGCCGUGGAAUAAGCUUGAGAAGCACUGCACUCGAGGAUCUGGUGUCCCAAUUCCCGCAACAAUAAAACAAAUUACUUCUUAAACUUC